AUGACUCCAACAUCAACAACUCCGCAAGAUGAUGAUGGCCCUCAAAUUACUCCAACAUCAACAGCUCCUCGGGAUGGAUGUAGAUUGGAUGAAAUGACGAAAGAAAUCAAGAGAAUAUUGAAGAGGAAGGAGAACAAGAUGAUUGAGGAGAAGAAGGAGGAAGACAGGGAUGAGAUUAAGGAGGAAGACAUGGAGAACGUGGAGGAUCUGGUGAAGGUGGAGAAGAAGAAGAAGAAGAAGAAGAAAAAGAAGAAGAAUGUGAAGAUUAAAGAGGAGGAUGUGGAGAAGGUGGACGUGUUGGUGAAGAUUGAGGAAGACAAGAAGAGGGUUGAGGAAGACAAAGAGAAGAUUGAGGAAGAUAAGGAGGAGGAUGUGAUGGUGGAGGAUCAAGUGAAGUUGGAGAAUAAGAAGAAGAAAAAUAAGAAGAAGGUGAAGGUGGAGAAGAAGAAUGACAUGAUUGAGGAGGAAGAUGUGGAGAACGUGGAUGUGUUGGAGAAGGAUGAGGAAGACAAAGAGAAGAUUGAGGAAGACAAAGAGGAGGAUCUGGUGCUGAAGAUUGAGGAAGAUAAUGAGGAGGAUGUGUUUGUGGACAAGAUUAACAAAGACAAGGAGGAGGAUAUGUUUGUAGAGAACGAUGAGGAGGUGAAUGAGAAUAUUGAGGAAGACAAUGAUGAAAAUGUGUUGGAGGAGAAGGAUGAGGAUCUGAUGAAUGAGAAGAUUGAUGAGGAAGACACGGAGAAGAUUCAAGAAGAAAAUGAGAAGAUUGAGGAAGACAACGAGGAAAAUAUGUUGGGGGAGAAGGAUGAAGAUCUAGUGAAUGAGAAGAUUGAUGAGGAAGACAAGGAGAAGAUUGAGGAAGACAGAGAGAAGGAUGUAUUUGUAGAUAGAGAGGACAAGAAGAAGGUGGAGAAAAAUAAGGAAGACAAGGAGGAGGAUGUGUUUGUGGAGAAGGAGGACAAGAAGAAGGUGGAGAAGAAGAAGGAAGACAAGGAGAAGGAGGACAAGAAGAAGGUAGACAAGAAGAAGGUAGACAAGAAGAAGGUGGAGAAGAAAGUGGAUAAGAAGAAGGCAUACAAGGAGGAGGAUGUGAUUGUGGAGAAGGAAGCAAUGAAGAAGGAUUUGGAGAAGAAGGUGGAAGAGGAUGUGGUGGAAGUGAAGAAUAGUGCACUCCAAUAUAAGAGAAAAGGGUUGGGAUCAAAAUUACUUACUCCUUACACCGACCCUUCUGGAAAAAAAUGA